AUGCCAAGAGAAGUAUUAAAAGGAGACCAAAGCGAAGUUAGCGAAAAAGUUAAAGAGCUAGUAAACGAGCAAAUAUUAGUUAUUAUUGUAAAUCAAGCCAAAAAAGAGAUCGGUGGAAAUCUCAAUAAUGCCCCGAUUGCUCAAAAACUACAAGCAAGAAAAGCCAGUAUCAGAGCAGCAGAAAAUCAAACGCCUAAUAAUCCGCCACCUCAUACUUUUUCCAAUUCUGGCGGGUCAAGUAGCCAUAGUUCAAAAAAUACUAAUUCGGCUUCCAACAAUUCAACUGCUGGCCUAACAAAAGGCGAGCCAAUGGCUGACAACUCAACAAAGGGUUAUUUUUCUUCAACGAGCAACUCAAAUCCCUCUAGUUCAACCAAUUCCACUUCUGGCACGAAUAGUAGUAGUAGUAGUUCGAAUAGUUCUUCACCUUCUUCCAGCAGCG